UUCCUAUUUCUCCCCCCCUCCCACCGUAUCUCUCCGUUUUAGCCGUGGAAUAAAUUAAACGCACCUUUUUUCGGUUGGCUCUUCCUAAUAGGAUGCUGAAACCAGCAGUCGAAAAUUAACGUUCAUUUGAAGCAGCUGACAGAGGCAGUGAGCGUUUUCUCGGUGCCAAAGACCUCCCUGAACAUCAGUUGCAGGGAUUAUCAAGUCCUGAUCCAGACAUGGAGCACCUCCUCCACCGCCUGCACCUCCUUCUGACUGUCAGCAUGCUGGCCUGUCAGUGUCCUGCGGUCAGCGGGCUCUUUGAGUGGCUGAGGCGGACAGAGGCACCUCCAGCAGCAGCGCCUCCUCCUCCUCCACCACCAGCACAUCUUGCCAGAGAUGUUCAGUUUGAGAUGGCAACGGCAGAUGAGAAGUUUUUGGCUGAAGCAAAGCAGAUGGAGCUCAGCCCGUUGGACAGCUGUCAUUACAGCGUGAUUGCUCGGCUAAAGAUGAGCUGUGACAGCCUCUCAGAGGAAAAGCUGGCAAAGCUUGGAGUGGAACUGUUUAACUGUCAGGCAGAGACUGAGGGGCGCCAGACCUACCCAUGCACAGAGGAAAUGACUAUCAAAGAAUGUACAGCAGACAUGGAUUCAGACACGUGGAAUGCUUACCACAUCGUGAGCAACCGAGCGCGUUCCGUUUGCUACGCGACUCGGCAGCAGCUUUUCCGGCGCAGAGCGGAGCACACGGUCAAUGCUCUCAUCUCCACGGCCACCAGCCAGCUGGGUGCAAUGAAAGACCUGAAGGAGGGCCAGCUAGAGUUGAAAGAACUGACGGCAGCAUCACUGGAAAAGCUGCUCGAGGGUCACAGCGCUCUGCGGGCCCAACAGGGGAAACUGCACGAGGGCCAGGAGCAAAUGGAGAGUUCACUGAGGGGCAACCUGGAGCGUCUGGGUCAGGAAAAGGCUCUCAUCGCCUCUGGACAGGAACUGGUAGCUCAGCUCAUUCAGGGAAUUACACAAAGGAUGGAGAACGUGAGCGAGCAUCUGCAGAUCCAGAGCUCAGAGGUGCAGGACAGCCACAAGGCGAUCGUUAAGGACCUGGCAGAUGUAAGACACCAAGCUCAGGACAUCUAUCAGAAAAUUGAUCACAGUAUGAUAGAGUUUCUACAGUAUCAGGAUCAGACCUCCCAGUACUACGCUGACCUGAUGAACAAACUAGAGCGCAUGAACAGCACUUUGGGAGUCAUGCUGCACUACCUCGAUAACACGCAGAGCCGGAUAGAGGACAGGCUUCACAUGAUCCAGGGCUACCUCGGCUGGGCAGGUCUGAGUCUGACAGCCGUGUGGACGUGCAUUGCACACACAGGAUAUUUUGUACUGUGUGCGGUCCUGCUGACGUUCCUGCGCUGUCCCGGUUUCUCCCGCGCCGCGCUGCUGCUCACCGUGCCUCUAAAUGCAGUGGCCGAAGUCAACCAGCAGCCAGCGCUGGAUCUCACCAGCCUCAGCCUGCUGCUGCUCACUCUGUCUCUGGGUCACUGGUUCAUGAAUCAGCUGUGGGCAUGCUUCCACAUCGCAAGAAAGCUGACUACCCCACUGCCACUCGACUCGUGCAUUACUGUGGAGCCACAGAAGCAGCCAGUGUUGUCGUGCAACUCAUAUCCACCGUCUUCUACACCACGGAAAGAUGAAGAGGAUGAUAUCGCUGAACGAGACAACCUGCUGAAUCAGGACAGCUUUUUAUCAGGCGAUCUUGGCGUAUCAGCGGUGUCUCCCCCUCAGAGGAAGUUUAUGCCAGAGUCGAGGUUUAUGCCCGUAAUCGGCACACCACAUCAGUCCACUCCCAGGUUUAUACCAGCGCUGCUUUCUUCAGCGGCUCUGAGUGAUGAUAUACCCCUGAUGAACUUGGGAAGUGCUUUUGAUGCAGUCAGUGACUCACGUGAUUUAGCAGCGAAUGACUCGCGAAGUGCAAGUCCCACGCCAUCACUGAUCAGCAACAGCUCCGUGUCGGGCCGUCUUCUGUGCAAUGGCAUCACAAAAACGGGGAAAGCUUGUAAGAAGAGAGCCGUGCCAGGACAGGAGUACUGCCGAGUCCAUGAAGGGGGGCAUUCCUCAUAUGUCCAGUCCUAAAAAGACUCAACUUUUUUUUUUUUUUGUCCUGUAAAAACGGCAAUGAACUGUUUUUAAUCACUUAGUUCUUCCUGCAUUGUAAGAUUGCUGAAUGAGCACUGAACAUC